UCGACCGGCGUAUCAUCCUGUUUAAGCUUCCUCUUAAAAAAAAUUCCACGCCAUGAUAAUACUUUAUUAACUUGGUCGGCACAUUUUGUUGAGCACCUACUAUGUGCCAGGCCCUGCUAGGAUAACAGUGGUAGGGGAGGUUCUUUCCUUACUCUGUAUACAGUCUAACGGGAAGAGAGGAGACCACAGACAUUUUUGAAGAAUCGAAUAAGCAAAAGGAGAGAUAGCUGCGAAGGGAUAAAUUAGAGGUCAUUGAUAACUGAGUAUCUACGAUAAGAUCUUGCCUUCGGUAGGUCAGGAAAGGCUUUUCUGGAAGGAAGCUUGUUCUGAGGUCUGAUGCCUUUGUGUAAAGAAGGGAGUGAACCCCGCAAAGCAAAAGGAAGAAGGUGUGCAAAGGCUGUGUGGGAGGAAGAAGAUUGGGCUGUGCAAAGGCUGAAGAACAUCUGAGGAGUCAGAGCUGAGCUGAGAGGACCUGAAUAGAGUGUGGUGUGAGAUGAAGCCGGAGCCAGAGGAAAUAGGACCUUAGCCAUAACUGAGGAAGUUUGGUCCUUAUCCAGAAAUCAACAAUUUUAAGCAGAAGCAUGGGUUGGAAUCGGAGCCUGAACCCCGACCUGACAACAACCAGCAUCAUGUGGUUACUAAUUUUAACUGCUCUUCAUUCACCUAUUGAUGCCUCCCAGAAAAAAACGCCGCCAGCCUUCCCAGAAAGCCCAGCUGCUAUUCCAAGAACCACCACUGGAGGGCCCCAAACACCAUUAUGGCUCUCCCCAGCUUACCAUCACCCACACUAGACAGGUGCCCAGCAAGCCCAUUGACCAUAACACCGCCACUUCCUGGGUAUCACCUCAGUUUGAUAUGACAGCAGAAAGCUCGUUCCCUGUGAACCAGAAAUGUCAUCAUCGAAACCAGGCAAGACAUGCAAGUCGAAAAUCUACCGCCUCCAAGUUCCCACAUCUAACAUUUGACAGUCCACUGUCUUCCUCCUGUUCAGCCACACUUGGGAUCCCCUUAAGCAGGGAAUGCCCCGGUCAAUCAGAAAAGCGCAUUUCCGGAAGGCCCUUAGUUCCGAUGCUCAGUCCUCAAAGCUGUGGGGAAGUGUCAGUACAUACGCUUCAAAACUUACCUUAUGUAUUCAUUCCCCCUGAUAUCCAGACCCCAGAGUCAUCGUUUGUGAAGGAGGGGCCCAUUCCCCCAGAUCAGAGGGAAAGUAGCCUUCCGAGCUGCUCCUUCCACGCUAGUACUCCCAAGAGCCCAGAGCCUGGGCCUGUUCUAGUUGAAGACACUCCCGAGGAGAAGUAUGGGAUCAAGGUCACAUGGAGGAAACGAUGCCACUUGUUUACUUACCUCAGGGAGAGAGGGAAGCUGAACAAAAACCAGUUCCUUGUGAAAAACUCACUGGAUUUCUCCGACACCAGCAGCCUCAAGAAAUUUUCAUAAAGUUGCUAAAGUACUUUUCUGGCUCACAGGAGAGUACAUCAGGAGAAUAAAAUGGAAAUAAUACCAAUAACCUCAAUAGAAAAAAAGAUGUUUUAACUAGAACCUUGGAGUCAUAAGGGAAUUCAGUUCCCAGAUUUGCUUUUUAAGAUGUCUUUUCCUAAAAAAUUUUUAUUGUCAUAAACAGUUCAUAUUUUUCUUAACAUUAACUGUCUAAAAUUUUAAAGUAUCUUAUAGUAACUUUUAAAAUGUAUGUAAAUAAAUGGUUGCAGAAAGGUUUUAGAGAACCCUGCUUCUGAUUACCGAUCACGCAGCAAUAUUGCCUUCUCCACAAAAGGUCUUUCUUCGUUGUUUUUUAAAAACUACUAAUUAAUCCUUUAAUCACCUCAUCCAAACUAAUUCAUUCCACACUUUUGAGUACCAACUCUGUGUCAGGCUCAGCAGCAGCUUCCUUUAUGACAUGAUGGACAGGAAAAAUAAAAGCAAACUCUAUGA